AUGUUUCGGUCUUUGGUUUCUGUUCCUAGGGUUUCGGCCAGAUCGGCAUUUUUGCCCUCGAGGCUCUAUGCUACUGCCCGUAAGCCUCAUCUGCCAGACCAGGGCCCUAAGUUGAGGUACCUUUUCGUGGUGGUACUCGCAUCGUACGGUCUUUUGCAUUAUUGCACGCAAAGAAUGGACAAGAACAAGAAGCCUCAGACCUCGUUCUCAGAGCGUGAGUUCGAGGAAUACGAAAAGAGGACCGGUUUGCGCAGAAGAAUGAAGUUGAUUGGUCCCGACAAGCAGGACCAGUAUGCCUUCUAUGCGGUACCCUUUAGCACUUCAAAGUCGAUCGCAGACACCUUGAAGGAGAAGCUUCAGGGCAGAGAGGUCAAGGUUAUCAACCCUUCUGAGUUGAUGGACAAGGAGGUCGAGCUGGAAGGAAAGUACUCGUACCUCAUUGAAGAUAUCAGGGCCUCAGGUAGACUGGUUCCCAAAGGCUUGCUCACCGCAUUGGUGAAGAAUGAGGUCAACCUCUUCAUGAACACCACUAAGGGCCAAUACGAUACCGAUAUUGUGUUGCUCAAUUACCCACAAUCGACCGAUGAGGCGAUCAAAUUUGAAAACGAUGUGUCAGACAUCCACUCUUGUCUAGUGCCUGACAACGAGGAAGUGCUCAAAAACAACUUAGAUGCCGAGCUGCUUAGAAAAGUCAAUAACGUUGUCGGAUAUUUCGACAUCGUCAAAAAGGUUCAAAAGUUCAAGGACGAAUAG